AUGGCAAAUGUGAGCAACUUAAACUCAUACCAGACUCCAGCUGACACUUUCUACAAUCCACCCCCAGGAUCAUUCCACCCUCCCCCACCCCCGCUCCAGCAGCAACCAAUGCAGCAGUAUCAAUCGCAGCAGCAGCCGCAAUAUUCCCCCCAGAUGUCCCAGCAGUCUGUAAUUCAAAAUUCAACAGAGAAAUUUCAACAAGCCCAUAGACUCUCCCCAAAGUAUAACAAGGAUAAAACUCGCCCUGUGGUGGUUAUGUUUAACCACUACCCUGAUAAACUUUUGGUGAAACAAAGAUCGCAGGAACUAUGGAAGGCGUACCACGAGGCUGCUAAGUCCUCGUCUGGCGCGCCACUCACUUCCGGUGCUUCGUCGGCACCACCCUCUUCCAGGACCGACGUGACUACCGGGGCGACCAGUACUGUGAGCGGAGAUGAACCGCCAGCCAAACCUACGAAACCGAAGAUCAGCGUUUCUGACCAAUUCACAAAAUCAGUGCAGGAUCGCAGAAAAUUACUACUUCCGGCAAUGAUAAAAGCCAAAAAGGCCGGAAAAUCAGCAUAUCUGGCACAUGACAAACUCUAUAUAGAGAAUAAAAUGUAUACUGUAGAAACUGUGUCAUCCUCUGGCUUCAGUGAGAUUUAG